AUGACAAUGACAAUGACAAUGUCAUCCAGACGCCCAUGGAAAUCAAGUUUGCUAGUAAUUCUCUUGCUUGUCUUUUCAGCAGUAACUUGUGGUGAAGCAAGACAGCAAAGGCGGCAGUCUUCAAGACAGAAUGCGACCAAGAAGGACGACGACGAUUACUACGCCAUUUUGGGGUUGAAAAAGACAGCUUCCUCCAAGGAAAUCAAAUCCAAAUAUCGCAAACUAGCACUUAAAUAUCACCCCGAUAAAGUUAGCGAAGAUGAAAAGGAAGAAGCUGAGAAAAUGUUUGUCAAAGUCAGCGAAGCGUAUUCCGUGCUGAGUGACGACGAGAAGCGAGGUAUCUACGACAAGUACGGCAAGAAUGGACUAGAUGUCCAUGAACAGGGAGGUGAUCCACGAGCUUCUGGAUUCGGUGGAGGCUUUGGUGGUCCUGGUGGAGGCUUUGGAGGGGGCGGAGGUCAACAUCAUUUCCAUCACGGAGGAGCAGACGCGUUCAAGAUGUUUGAGCAAAUGUUUGGCGCUGAUUUCGGCGGGGGAAGUGGCGGCGGUGGUGGAUUUGGCGGAGGAGGAGGUGGUUUCGAACAAAUGUUUGGAGGUGGCUUUGAACAAAUGUUUGGAGGUGGGGCCGGUUUUGGUGGCGCUGGUGGUGGGGGACGUCGACAACAGGCUCCUGAAUUAUUUCAAAAAGGACAGUCAAAGGUGGGCAAGCUUGGCUCCCCUAAGUUCCCCAAUAAAUCCAGCAAGAACAUGUGGAUGAUCAUGUUCUACUCCAAUGACGAUCAAAUAUCAGCCGAACUAGCACAGGUAUACGAAGUACUGGCCGAAAAGAAAAAUCUUGCAUACAAGGUUGGCGCGGUCGACUGUGAAAAGUCUGAGAAAGAAGCCAGGUUCUGCCAAUCCAAAAAGGUUGAAAGCGUUCCUCAAUUUGGAAUGGUAAUCAACGGAAAAGUCCACUUGAUGGAGAAUGGCGAUGAUGUUCAAUCUGCCAAAGAGUUGCAUGAAUUUGCAGUGACACACAUGCCACGAGAGUUUAUCCACAACAUUAACAACAAACAACAAAUGGAAGAGAGAUUACUCGGCAGUGGUAAACCAGCAGCCCUGCUGCUUACUGACAAGUAUGAAACAUCAUCCACUCUUUUCAGUUUGGCAUAUCAAUUCCGCAAUGAAUUUGUGUUCGGGGAGUCCAGAGCUAAAAACAUCAACAUGGCUCGGGAAUUCAAUGUGAAGAAAUAUCCGCACCUUGUCGUGAUCGACAAGAAAGGAAAACGACAUCAGUACACUGGUGGAAUGGCUAAGGAUUCUAUCAUUAGAUGGCUCGAUGGCCUCAAGAAGAAGAGUGAUGAAUUAUAA